GACCCAGCACUGCUCUUGAUGUUGCAGGACCCAGCACUGCUCUUGAUGUUGCAGGACCCAGCACUGCUCUUGAUGUUGCAGGACCCAGCACUGCUCUUGAUGUUGCAGGACCCAGCACUGCUCUUGAUGUUGCAGGACCCAGGACUGCUCUUGAUGUUGCAGGACCCAGCACUGCUCUUGAUGUUGCAGGACCCAGCACUGCUCUUGAUGUUGCAGGACCCAGCACUGCUCUUGAUGUUGCAGGACCCAGCACUGCUCUUGAUGUUGCAGGACCCAGCACUGCUCUUGAUGUUGCAGGACCCAGCACUGCUCUUGAUGUUGCAGGACCCAGCACUGCUCUUGAUGUUGCAGGACCCAGCACUGCUCUUGAUGUUGCAGGACCCAGCACUGCUCUUGAUGUUGCAGGACCCAGGACUGCUCUUGAUGUUGCAGGACCCAGGACUGCUCUUGAUGUUGCAGGACCCAGGACUGCUCUUGAUGUUGCAGGACCCAGGACUGCUCUUGAUGUUGCAGGACCCAGGACUGCUCUUGAUGUUGCAGGACCCAGGACUGCUCUUGAUGUUGCAGGACCCAGGACUGCUCUUGAUGUUGCAGGACCCAGCACUGCUCUUGAUGUUGCAGGACCCAGGACUGCUCUUGAUGUUGCAGGACCCAGGACUGCUCUUGAUGUUGCAGGACCCAGGACUGCUCUUGAUGUUGCAGGACCCAGGACUGCUCUUGAUGUUGCAGGACCCAGGACUGCUCUUGAUGUUGCAGGACCCAGGACUGCUCUUGAUGUUGCAGGACCCAGGACUGCUCUUGAUGUUGCAGGACCCAGCACUGCUCUUGAUGUUGCAGGACCCAGGACUGCUCUUGAUGUUGCAGGACCCAGCACUGCUCUUGAUGUUGCAGGAGGCUGA